AAAAGCUCCGAAGACUUCUAGGUUAUAAAAUUCAAAAAAGUUACAAGAUUCAGAACAUGCUCGUUUCUUAUCACUUUUUAUUCGCACGUUGAACGGUAAAGACUAAUUUAUUAACCAUGACUUGCCGCGAGAUUUUAACUUUACAAUUCGGUCAUUAUGCUAAUUUUGUCGGUGCACAUUGGUGGAAUUCACAAGAAUUAAGUUUCGAAUAUAACGCGAAUAAACCUUCGACAAUUAAUCAUGACAUACUGUUUCGCGAGGGCUUAACGCCGAACGGUGAGGUAACUUUUACACCCAGACUCCUGCUUUCCGAUUUAAAAGGUAGCCUUAAAUCCCUUCCGAAAUAUGGUAAUCUAUACGGAGAAGCAAGUCCCGAAGAAGCGGAUCCUUUAUGGUUUAAACCCGCUGAAGUCGAGGCUGAUCCCGAAAUCCCAAAGAAUGAAUUCCAACAAGCCAUUGAAUCCACUUCUGAAGGUGCCCCCCAGGUCAUAGAUACUAGAACAGCCGAAAAUUUACAAGUUGAUGUCUGGAGUGAUAUUCUUUACACAAGAUAUCAUCCAAGGACAGUUAACAUUGUAAAUGACUAUGAGCAUGGCAAUCUUGACAAUGAUUUCGUCGCUUUUCCCAUGGGUUGUAAAAUUUGGAAGACUGUUGAUUAUGAAGAUGAGUUUGCUGAUAAAAUCCGGAUGUAUAUUGAAGAAUGUGAUCAUUUUCAGGGAUUUCAAAUCUUAUUGGACUCAACAAACGCGUUCGCCGGCUUGGGCACCGCCUGUAUGGAGCAUUUAUACGAUGAAUACUUCUCAAAGAAAAUGUUUGCCAUUCCCCUCAUACCUGGAACUCAUCCAGAUUACAAAUAUUCCACAGAUGAAGAAGAAGCCAAGUCACAAUAUAAAGAUACACUUAGAGCUCUUAAUUUAGCAUUUACCUAUCAGAAGGUGAAUGAAGAAGCAGCCAUUUUCAAUCCGUUGUGUACAGCGCAGAAGGGCUUCAGGCAACCGGGGGAGAAGAUUAAUUUUAAUAAUGUUGAAUAUGACAUUGAAUCUCAGUAUCACACGAGUGCGAUUUUAGCGUCGGCGAUAGACACAUACACGUUAAAAUACAGAAUGAAGGAUAGUCGGUAUGGAAUUAGUGAUUUGGCUUCUGCUUUGACUGCACAUGGAAGGAAAGGUGUGGCUGCUAGUCUAUGUCUUCCGUUUGCGUUGAAUGAAGAUCAGGAAUUGAUUGAUUGUCUUGAUAAUUGGGACGGACCACUCUCACAUUGUAUUACUCCAAGAACUAGAAUAGGUACUAAGAGAAUGACGCAACUUGUGACGCUCAGAGGAGUUCCGGAAUCUCGACUAAAGAAACCUAUAGCGCAAGCGGGCAAACAGAAAGAUUUACCUGCGUAUAAGUGUAAGAAUAUUCAAGAAAUGUUGUCAAUGUAUUAUUCGUACACUUGUGAUGAUAGUAUUACAAAUAUCACCAGUGUAGAGAAAGGUUUUUGUGUAAAAACUCCGUUUCCGCAAUUGUUUUCGUCUAAGAUUGGUGUUCAGGGUAAUGUGAUGUUUGAUCCACGGAUACAGAAUGUUGGUGUGGAAAGUGUGCCCGUCUUAGCUGGUCUUCACAAUGGAAUAGAAUUUGGAGAAAUGUUGGAAUCCUUAUACAAACACACCAAAAGAAUCCGCAUCGAUAAGUUUCAUCAGUACCCCAGCAAUGGCUACGGCAGAGACGAGUUUGAUGAAUGUAUGGAGCAAAUUAUAACGCUGAGGGAAUGCUACGAAGACAAUUAUUUAAUUUGAUGUGUUGUAUGUAUUACUAUUUUUGUACUUAAUAUAUAACUUAGGGACCCCUUGCACCUCGCGUCUUUGAACACAUUGGCGUGAGGGUAAGAGGACAAACCUGUAAAUUUCUAAUUAUACCUGCUUUUGUGACUCAA